AUCAUCAGCUCAGUUUACCAGUCUCUGAGUGUUGCCAUUGCUACAAGCCUACAACCUACACUACAGCUAUGGCUGCCGGAAUCCUCCACCAUAAUCCCUUCUCCCUCUCCAUAGUUUCACACUCUUCUACAGAAGGUACAACCUCCAACUCUCCCAAGCUGAGAGGCGAUUGGAGGCAAAAAUCUAGACCAAUUCCCCCUGGUGGGACCUACCCCGCCAAGGAUCAUUGCAGCCGCUGCGGGCUAUGCGAUACGUACUACAUUGCCCAUGUGAAGAACGCUUGUGCUUUUCUUGGAGAUGGCAUGUCUAGAAUCGAAGUUCUCGAACCAAAGGUCCAUGGCCGAGGCAGGAAAAUUGAUUCACUGGAUGAGACUUAUAUGGGUGUUUAUGAGGAUCUACUAUAUGCUCGCAAAAAACAACCUGUAGAGGGGGCCCAGUGGACGGGCAUAGUGACCACAAUUGCUAUGGAAAUGCUCAGAACUGGCAUGGUCGAAGCUGUUGUAUGUGUGCAGAGUGAUCCAGAAGAUAGAUUUACUCCUAGACCUGUAUUGGCAAGGACUCCAGAGGAAGUGCUUGCUGCCAAAGGAGUUAAACCAACUCUCUCUCCUAAUCUUGAUACUCUUGCACUAGUUGAGGCUGCUGGUGUAAAACGUCUACUUUUCUGUGGUGUUGGCUGCCAAGUGCAAGCCUUAAGAUCAGUGGAGCAUCAUCUGAAUCUGGAAAAGCUUUAUGUUCUAGGAACUAAUUGCGUGGAUAAUGGAACCCGAGAAGGCUUAGACAAAUUUCUGAAGGCUGCUAGCACUGAACCCGAAACUGUACUUCAUUAUGAAUUUAUGCAAGAUUACAAGGUUCACUUGAAGCAUUUAGACGGUCAUAUUGAAGAGGUCCCAUAUUUCUCUCUCCCAGCCAAUGAGUUAACGGAUGUGAUUGCUCCUUCUUGCUACAGUUGUUUUGACUACACAAAUGGUUUAGCGGAUUUGGUAGUAGGUUACAUGGGCGUACCCAAAUAUGCCAGAGUUAGCAUGACACAACAUCCACAAUACGUCACUGUUAGAAACGAACGUGGAAAGGAGAUGCUAAAUUUGGUGAAAGAUCUUCUGGAAAUCACCCCCACAAUUAGUUCGGGUAACAGACGUCCAUUCGUAACUGAAACUGUGAAAGCUGAUGAUAAUGCUAAGUUAGGCAAAGGUCCAUCUCAGCCUGCUCCAAAACUUGUCGGUGACCUAAUAGCGUUUAUCUUGAACCUGGUUGGCCCUAAAGGUCUUGAAUUUGCUCGCUAUUCGCUGGACUACCACACCAUCAGAAACUACCUUCAUGUCAAUCGAGCAUGGGGAAAAGAAAGAGCCGAGAAGCACAUGCCGUCGUAUGCAAAGAAACUAGUGUCCAUGUACAACCAGAACGGAGAAAUCGAUCAGAUGCUAUCGAAUAAGUGAUGUUCAGAGCAAUAUUUGGAUGUAAAGUGCAAUUCCUUGUAUGUCAAUGUCAUCUCAACUGAUAGGUUUGAAAACUGCAGAAUAUGUGUUGGAAACAUACUAUUUUGAGUAAAGAAUUUGAUGAGCUAUAAAUGAUGAAGAUUGUAUGAUUAGAGCUAA